UCUUAAAUCAGGGGUUCAACGUGUGUCACUUUUAAAUGGUGGUUUUCCUGCUUUAGUGGUUUCUCCACAAAUAACCAGUAAGUCUGACCCUACUGGGACCAGCACAGCUCGAUGUGGACGGGACUCACCGGGGUGUCGUGUAAACAAAGCAUUUAAGAGCCUAGCCUAGCAGAGCUAACACUGUUAGCAUAACAGCAAAACACAAAGGGAACGCGGCGGAUUGGGCGUUUUAUUAUAUAAUAUAAAAGAUGUAUUAUAUUAUAUAAUUCAUGUGAAUGAUCGAGUGCUACAGGAGCUCCAGAGAGUUCUCCAGCUGGGGUGCAACAGAUCGCCAUUUGUCGAAACUCUAAUCAAACUCGGGUUAUUGCUCGCAGAGUGCUGUUCCAGCUGUUAUUAGCACGGUAUCCCCCCCUCCGUAUCGAGCCGAGCCGUGCCGGGUGAAGGAAGAAGCGGCCCAUUAUGUUGAUAGUGGCGGAAGGAAAGAUGCACAGGGAGACUCUUGAAAGAACAAGUAGGUAGCGAGCUAGCUAGCUAGCUGCUAACCCGGGAUAGUUCACCUCUCUUCCGCCUGUCACGCUUUCUAAACCGCCUCUGGCUCGGUUGUACCCGACUUAAAGAACCCGGUGGCCCGCGUGUUUAUUGACAGUUAACACCAGCGACCCCCAGGAGUUGGGUUAGGGUUAGCAUUCGGCUAGCAGGGUGGGUGUUAAAGCUAAGCUAGCAAGCGACCCACAGUGACGACACAGCCAGCUCCUCGCUGCCGACCCACUGACAGGACGGAAGCCCACGUAGGCUACUCCUCAGCCGGACUCCUGAUGGCAGCGCCCGCCACCGAGGCCGUGUUUCUGCUGAAGGACGUAAAGCCCGGGUCCAAGAACCUGAACAUCGUCUUCAUCGUGCUGGAGAUAGGACGAGUCACCAAGACGAAGGAUGGCCACGAGGUGCGCUCCUGCAAAGUGGCCGACAAGAGCGGGAGCAUCGCCAUCUCCGUGUGGGACGAGCUGGGCAGCCUCAUCCAGGCCGGAGACAUCAUCAAGCUCACCAGAGGCUAUGCAUCCAUAUGGAAAGGAUGCCUCACUUUAUACACUGGAAGAGGAGGAGAUCUGCAGAAGAUUGGAGAGUUCUGUAUGGUGUAUUCAGAAGUGCCCAACUUCAGUGAACCAAACCCAGACCUGCAAUCCCAAACAAACCAGAACAAGUCUGGUAAACCCGACCAGAACCAAAGGGGGAACUCUCCGCCCAAUCAGAAUUCAGGUAAUGGUGCCAUGACACCGUACACCCCCACCAACAGCAACCCGCCAUCCGGUCCCCCCCGUGACCCCACGUAUGGAAACUCCGGGCGACCCAACGGUCGGUCGCCCGGCAACGGAGCACCAACCUCUUCGGUGUCUGGACCCCCCACGGCCCCAAAGUCCUCAGUUACCAUUAGCAACGGCAGGGACCCGCGCCGUGCCAAAAGAUGAGAUUGAGGUGUGGCUGACUCGAGUGGGCGUAAUCAUGUUGAGGGGGUGGAACAAAUGGAUGUCCUUAUUCCCCCCCCCCCCCAUGCCCCCAUUAUAACUCUGAACCUUCCCGAUCACAGCCUAGAGUGACUCUCAGACAGAACCAGUUAAAUUGGGGACUAUUUGCAUUAUUGUUCAACAGGCCAACAAAGUCAAAUCGUGAUCCACCACUCGAUGCAGGAGCAGGAAGUGUUCGGUCGACCUUCUCAGUCGGCCGCCUCGUCCUCUUAAAUCACUGCAAACUGCCAGUUCUGUGCCAGUGUAACCCCCCCCCACCCCCCAAACACACACACACACACGCUGUCCUAUAACCCUUCCUCCUUCGAACGACACACCCUACUUGAACACUCGAUGCACUUUCUUCUCUUAAUUUAUGUCGGGGACAAACUUGGCUGUCAUUUAGUUCAGGAAAUCCGUUUCUGCUUUUUUCUUUUUCAUUUUGUGGGAAAAGGCCUUAAAGUUAGUGAGUGAGUUCUCGGACUGAAUGAACAAGGGUCUUUCCCUCUCGUAGCCAAACUGCAUCCCAAGUGACUCUGUGGAAAGGACAGGUGUUAGUUAUGAACUUUUAAACUGAUUUCUUUUGUUUUUAUUUCAUCCUUAAGACAUGUUUUCCUUGUUUGCCAUCAGUUGUACUCAUCCAGGUGGGACCACGUUAGAAACUGGCACAAUGGUUCACCCAAAUAAAUUUUACAGUAAUUUUGCUGCCA